AUGUCCAUCAACGCAAUCUGCAACCAUGUGAAAGCAGAACCAUUGGGAAGUGAAGUUACAAAUACAAAUAAGAACAUUUUACUUCUAAAGCAAUCUUUUCCAGAUGUAUUCGAAGAAAAACUGGGCCUGUGCAAGCACGCGAAAGCGCAUUUGGUGGUUGAGCCUGGGCGUUCUCCAAUUUUUCGUCCAAAACGACCAGUGGCUUACGCUAUUCAGCAUCUUGUCGAAGAGGAGUUACAAAGACUACAAGAUAUCAAUGUAAUAUCGCCAGUAUCCCACUCUGAGUGGGCUGCACCAAUAGUGGUCACGAAAAAGUCAAAUGGCAGCAUACGUAUUUGUGCCGACUUUUCAACCGGACUAAACGCUGCCCUCGAAGCAUACCAAUACCCUCUUCCUCUGCCAGAAGACAUAUUUUCAAAGCUCGCAAAUGCCAAGUUUUUUAGUCACAUUGAUCUGUCGGAUGCCUUUCUUCAAAUCGAAGUAGAUGACAAGUCAAAGGAGUUACUUACGAUAAACACGCAUUUGGGCCUAUUUCGAUAUAAUCGAAUGAUAUUCGGUAUUAAAACCUUCCCAGCCAUUUUCCAACAGGUAAUGGAUAAAAUGCUCUCUGGUCUGGACUGUGCAGCAGCAUAUAUAGAUGACAUUUUUGUUUCGGGAAGAAACGAACUUGAGCAUGAUCGUAAUUUACGCGAGGUUUUGCGAAGAAUCCAAGAUUAUGGAUUCAAAAUCAAAUUCGCAAAAUGUAAAUUUGCGGUGACCGAAGUUAAAUACUUAGGCUACAUUAUAAGUCCGGACGGACUUCGACCAGACCCGGAGCGCGUUUCAGCCAUCAAAGAUAUGCCAGAACCAACCAACGUUACCGAAUUGCGAUCAUUUCUGGGUGCAAUUAAUUUCUACGGCAAAUUUAUAAAUAAAAUGCGCCAGCUUAGAGGCCCAUUAGACGAACUUUUAAAGGCUAAUGUAAAGUGGCAAUGGACGUCUAUUCAGCGAAACUGCUUUAACAGCCUCAAGGACAUUCUCAGCUCAAAUUUGCUAUUAACGCACUACGACCCAAAUAAAGAAAUCAUCGUAGCUGCAGACGCAUCCAACUACGGUCUUGGUGCAUGUAUUCUCCAUGAAGGCCCUGAUGGUUCGAUAAAGGCAGUCUGUCACGCAUCACGAUCUCUUACACCUGCGGAAAAGGGGUACAGCCAAAUUGAAAAAGAAGGGCUCGCUCUGGUAUUCGCAGUCACCAAAUUCCACAAGAUGAUAUUCGGUAGAAGGUUCAAACUGCACACGGAUCAUAAGCCGUUACUCACGAUUUUUGGCAAAAAGACGGGUAUUUCGGCACAUCAGGCUAACCGUCUACAAAGAUGGGCGCUGCAGUUAUUAGCAUACGAUUUCGAGAUAAGCUUUAUCUCAACGAAUAGUUUCGGUUAUGCUGACGUUCUUUCACGCCUGAUCAAUAAAAGCAACAAAGCGUCGGAAGACUACGUCAUCGCCUCGGUAAAGUUUGAAGGCGAGAUCAAGAAAAUUCUAUCAGAUGCAAUAGACAAGCUACCAGUAACGCACAGCAUGAUAAAAUAUGAAACAGAGAAAGAUAAAACUCUCAAGCAAUUAUUAGAUUACAUUGAACAUGGCUGGGCAGACAAUGCAGAUAUCGGAGUAGAAUUAAAACAAUUCCGGUUGCGAAGCGACAACCUUAGCAUCAUUGAUGGGUGCAUUAUGUUGGGACAGCGUGUGGUAAUACCGGCAAUAUUACGUAAACGGAUUCUCAAGCAAAUUCACAAGGGACAUCCGGGAAUGGAGCGGACCAAA